UUAUCCGCUUAGCGUCAGUGCUCAAUGAUUCUUGAGUGACUACGGACGUUUGUGGAUUCUUCUAGAAUGUGUUAUAAUCUGUGAUUUUGUUUAAGAUUUACUCUGAUCAAUUCUAGUCAUUUUUCCGAAAAUAGUAUUAAUAAUUAAUUAUUGUUAGAUGUUCGUUAAUAUGAGGGAUCAAGGCUUUUAUAAUUUGGAAAGACCAGUCGGGUCACAAGCGGCGGGCGGAGAGGUCAGACCAUUGUUGUCAGAGGGCUGGCAGUGCGAACGGCAACCGUGGUGUAGCAGAACAACAGACGGCUGUGACGUCAUCAAGACAGCAAUGGACAGGUGUGACGUCAUCACGACAGCAAUGGAUCCCCCCCUUGACCUCCCCCCGGCCCCGGAUGCUGGCCUCCACCUCACGCAGUUGCUUGUGUUGCAGCAGAAGUUCCAGCCUUACCUUAGACUACCCUCUCAUUCACAGAGUGGAGAGGUGACAGUGGGCAUUCGCAAUGGUUCUGCGCAUGUGCUGCGUUGCUUGAAAGUGUGGUACGACAUGCCAUCUGAAGUGCUCUUCGUUGCACUCAACAUCAUGGACAGGUUCCUCACCCGGAUGAAGGUAAAACCGAAACACAUGGCCUGCAUAUCGGUGUCGAGUUUCCAACUAGCCUGCAAGUUAGUCUGUGACUGCGAACCGCUGGAUGUGGCGGUGAUAUCGCAGUGCAAGUGCAGUGUGGGCGACCUGACGCGCAUGCAAGCGAUCAUCGCCACCAAACUGGGUCUGCAGCUGGACAGAGAGGGCGUGGUCACGCGCCCGGUCACUGCGCUCUCGCUUCUGCGCAUGUUGGACGCCGCCUGUCGGGACAGCCAAUCAGCUGCCUUGUAUGAGCGGCUGGUGGGGGAAGGCGACGAGAUGUGGCAGCGACUCGAGAUUGUCAUGUGUGAUGCGGUGUGCGCCAAUUUCAGGCCAUGCGAAGUAGCACUGGUGGUGCUGUGUUGCCAAAUGGACACGGCGGUCCCCCAGCUGCAGCCACCCGCUUCCAGCAGCGACGUCUUGGAUCUGGUCGCGUUUGUCUCGCAUCUACAAGUCGCUUGCACUAUUUCGGAAACGUCGUUCUCGGCCUGCCACCUGGCCGUGCUACAGGUUGUGGCCGUCUACAACGGCGAGUCGCAAAUGCCUCACAGACAACGCCUGGUGUGGCGUGUGUCGCAGCGAACACUGCGCUACCUGCGUCCAACGACAAGCUGACUCGGCCCACGCUGCCCACAAUCAUGGAACAGCAGUGCGCUCCAACCCCCAUCAGGGAGCGUAUAUCCAGUACCAGUUCGCAGGAGAGUCUGGCUAGUGUGUAAGGUUAUUUCGAUACCUCAAAAGUAUCGGUAUUAAAAUUAUCGAUAACUUGAAGUAUCGAUAUAUUAAGAAUCGAUAUUCGAAUAUCGAUAUCUCAAGUAUCGAUAUUAAAUCAUCAAUAUCUCAAGUAUCGAUACUAAAAUAUCGAUAAUUCAAGUAUCGAUAUUAAAAGUAUUGAUAUAUUAAAAGAAUCGAUACAAAUUUCAGUAUCGGAACAACGUAGUGUGUAGCUGGGCGUUGAGAGAGUGAGAGGCCGGUGUUAACCUGGUCUUGAGUGUUCGGUGGAUAGUAUGUAUAGAUGGUCUUGAAGAUGUAGAUUGUCUAAAGGUGGAUUCCCUGAUACCAGUAUCAGUUUACGUGUCCAAGGUCUAUAAGAGAGGUCUAGCACUUCCAGUGCUGGUUGAAUUUUGUGGUACAAACCUGUUUAGCCGGUCCAAUUUUUUUUUUCCAAUUUUCACUCUAGCUCUUGACGCGGAUCCGCGUAACUUGGCUAUGCACAAAUAUUAAACCAAUAAAAAUAAAUAAAUACAUGCUGUUAUGUUUUAUUAGAAAUAAAUUUGUGAAUUGGAAUAAAAGAUAGUACUUGCUGGAAGUAUACAAUACUCCAUGUUUGCCAGUAGGAAUGGAUAUCACUUGAAUUAAUUAAUCAAUAUUUCAUUUAUUUUAAUUAAUCUAUUUCAUUUAUUUAACACUUUAGUUUUCAGACUUUGAACGAAUGUUUGAUUCAUGUAAAUAAAUAGAAAAAUCAUGAAAAUAAAGUACUCUGACUUGAAUCAUGAUUGAUGUUAAUUCAAUAAACAUCUUUAUACAAAUUUCAAAACUUCAAAAUAAUGUUUAAUAAUAAUUAAGGACUGAAAAGUUUGUGAAGUAAACAACUACAGGCCUAACAUAUUUCGGUCUAUGUGUAACCUCAUCUAAAUUUGGGAGAGGAAUAGCACAAGGUUACCUUAUUUUUUUCUCUCCCUAUCAUUUUGAUGAUGUAAUUACUGUAUGAAUCAAUACAGAAAGUACUCUGAGUUGAUUCAUAGUUUAUGUAAUUCAACAACUAGUGAACAAACUUCAAAACAGGUAAACUAGAUACCUUCAAUAUUGUUGUUCUGCAAUGCAUCAUGGAAUCCUGUCUUGACCUCUUUCCAUAGACCUUGUACGUGUCAGGUACAGUUGGAAUAUAAUUGCCAUGAGGUUUAAUGGAACUAUCCCCACGCAGCUCUGCCGAGCUAGUAUGAAUGGUCCCAUUAGACCCCAUGGUAAUUAUAUUCUCACGUUCACUGAUACUGAUAUUUGGGAGUUUGCCUGAAGUGAGUUCACUUUAAACUGUCAUUAUUGGUGGAAUGGAAAGUAUAUAGCUAUCAUCUGUGAGGAAUGUGACAGUUUGAAAUGAGUCUCACUUUGCACGCUAGAGAGCAACUGGGUUAUCUUGUUUGGAAGGAAAAUGUGAAAAUAAUUAUGUUUCCAUUUAUUUAAAAAUAGCACUUGUGACCCCCUGAUAUGGGUUUAACGGGAGAUGUAAAACAGUCGAAGGCAACCCAUUCUUAUCAUCUAUAAUAUGUUGUUAUCUCUAGUGUGUAUCUGUGCCAGUCUAAUUAGCCUAUUGCAAUUGCCUGCUUUCAUCUACCUUUGCACAUUUAUGUGAAACAAUUGAAGUAACCUAAAAAAAAGUACAAAACAUUGAAAAACAUAACAACCAAAAAAUUUUAAAAUGAAUGUAAUCAAUGAAAAGUUUGAAAAAUAAAUAUUAUUGAUAGGAUUUUAAAAUUUGUCUAUUCUGUUCAAUGUGAAGCAAGUAGAUUGAAUAAUUAUUGAAAAAUAAAAAAAUAUUAAUAUAUAAUGAGAAAAUUGCCAACAAAAAAAUUAUAGUUUAUAAGUUGUUUAGUUUCUUUUCAAUUUUGAUUGGUUUGGCAGAUAUUUUCAACAAACAAAUAUGAUGAGUUUGAAAAACUAAGUUAAUUUGACAAUUCUUAAUCUUGAAGAAUUUUAUGUUAUGAUUUAGUUUAUUUUUUGAAGAAAUUAAAUGUUGUUUAGGAGGUGAUAGAAAUGUAUUUUAGGGCAUUUCCCACUCUAAAUCUAAAAAAAAAAUAAUUUAAUAUUCCCUGAAGUUAGGAAUAAAGCUUUACUACUCCCAGUACUGAGCAAAACAUUCCCCCAGUUAAAUUUUUUCAAAAGUUUUAUCUUGAAAUGCUCUAAGUAAUUACUGUCUCUGAGGUUUCUGCAUUUGUACUUUUUGAAAACUGCAGGUUCUGUUAAGAGUGUAAACAAUUAUUACUAUCGAAAAAUAUUUUCCAAUCGUUGGAAAUUUAAAUUCGUUGACUUACUAGUUUUUUAGAUUUAUAACGAACGUAUCGUUUUUCUUGCAACUCUAUCCUUUCAUCUGUGUAAAUCUUGAAGUUCAGUCAAGUAAUUAUCACUAUUGUAAUCGUAUACAAAGAGAAUAUAUGGCAUUAUUUGAGUUGUAUCUCAAUUUUUCGAGUAAAUUUAGUUCUUUUAGAUUGAUUUUUGAAUACAGUAUUAAUUCCUCGGUGUUUUUGUUAGCUCUUGAAACAAUGAAACCCAGCGCUAUUUUUUAGAUUUAGUCGUGUACAUUCUAAGGAAUUUUUCAAAGUUCUCUUGAAAAUAUUUACUAGAUGCCAUUUUUUGUAAUCAGAAUAAAUGUCCGUUCGUAUUGUUUGUAGAAUAAGUAGUAAUUGAAAAAAUUCCAUGAAGAUGUAUUAUGUAGUUUGGCUUGUAUGUGAUGGCUUAAUCGAUGUCCAAUAAAUGUUGCACAAUUUUUAUAGCUUGAAAUUUUUGCAAACUUGGCAAAAUCUGGAAUCUACCACUAGAUUCCUAUUCUAUGCUUUCAAUUACUGUAGUCAGUCUAGUUCUUCUCGUGACGUGGAGAAACUUUGGAAUUAUCCCAAAACCUUUCACUUUUAAUGUGUGAAAUUUCAUAGUUUUCGGUAAUAUCAUAGCACUUUUAAUGGAGAGCUGAAUUGAAUAAAUUUCUGUGACGUAUCCGUUGUAGUCUGACUUGAUGAUAUUACUGGAAAAAUUUGUUCUAGCUCAAACAAGAUGGUUAUAUUUUAUACUUCAGUUUUGGAACUUUUAUAUAAGUGGUAGGUGUUAGGGAGGAAUACUACAAGUACAAACGGUUCUCCAAUAGUUGAAACAUGAAUAAUGUUAUCUUCCAUUUGUAAAGAAUGAAAAACUCAUUGUGAUCUCAAACUUGUCGCUUUUAUCAGUUAAUAUUUAGCAGCGUUUAUGUAGAAUGUCAUUUUACAGAAUAACUUUUGAACUGAAGGAUUUGUUUUGAAAAUGUAAAUAAGUUAGUUUUAAUAUUGUAGAAGGCAGCUAAUUGUUGAUAGCUUGUCGGUGAAUAAAGUAUAUUUUGAAAUUAUUUCUGGAAAUUUUGUUUCUAGGAUUCAUAUAAACUUGAGCAAAAAAGAAGCUUUAACAUACUUUUCUACCACUUACAAGAAUUUUGUUUAUUUUGUUCUUAUAAAGAAUAUAUAUCUAAAUUCAAUAUCUAAACUUGUAUAUAAGAGGUCUCUAUAUGUUUUGUUGUUUUAGUUUGUCAAUUUAUAGAAAAUUUAUUAAUAAUUGAUACCGCAAAGCUGUUUAAUACUUGAAGAAUUUUAUGAAGUAAAUUAAUAUGAAUUAUUUAUUCAUUUCUAUCAGAACACUGAUAAACUAUGUGAAUAGCACUUGAUAAAUGUAAUGAAUGGACCCUGUGUGUUCUGUAUCAAAUAAAUUACUGUAACAAAAUUGUUGUUAUUUUAAUGUAUUGUGAUAAUGAUCGUUGUUCAAUGGAGGUUUCAUGUAAGGCUGUUGAUGUGUCAUUACUCAUAUAUGUAAAAAAUGUAAGUCAAAUUAAUUUAUUUAUGCGUAACGACGUCAAGUAGUCAAGGAUCCUGUUUCACUUUGACUCCUUCAAGAUUGUAUUAUAAAAAUAUGUAAUUCUUGCAAAACGUAUCAACCUUGAAUUGAAUAAAAUGAAUCUUUUCUAUAUCAAA